AUGUUUGUGCAUAAUUUAAAACCAGGUGAGGGAGGUAGUGAAGAGGAAUCUGAAGAAGAAAUCUCUGCUAGUGAGAUAUUACAGAGACGGCGUGAAGAAUGCGAGCGAAAGGCGAGGCGCGGGGAGAUGGACCCGCGCCUCGAGUACACUUUCCAGCUUCUUAUCGACGGCACUGGAUUGCCAAGACAUGAAAUCAUGGAUCAUGUCUUCGAGGGAAAUAUGCUGGACGAAAUAAACCAAUUAUUCUUACCCCAUAUGAGAAAUAAACUCAUAUGGUUUUAUCAAGAAGUCGAGGAGCCUGAUACGUCUCAACCUGGACCUUCGACGUCUACUGCUGAUGCCAAUCUCUUGAAGGAAGUUACUACAUUUAUUAGACAAUGGAAACCUUAUCAAUUUCUGUGGCGUAAUGAGCGGUCAACUAGGGAGCUUCUAGCUUUGGGUUUGGAAGAAUUUGAAACCACUUUGCGAAAAUUGGGCGAACUAGAUAGAAAACUAGCAGGAGAACCUGAUAUAAAAACAUUUGCAAAUUGUCUUGCAAUAGACGCUGAAAAAUUGAAAUUUGGAUUAUUGACAGAAAUUAAAUCUUGCACACAUAGCAUCGGCCAGGCAAUGAAGAAAAAAUAUAGACGUGAGAUGGAUUAUAUUUACGCAGUCAUUAAGGAAAUGGAAAGAAAAUUGAAUCGUCGAAUUAGAGACUUGGAUGAUGUGAGAACAAUCAUGGAAACUUUACGCAAGAUACGAGAUCAAGAAGUUGACAUGGAACUAAAGAUUGAUCCUAUAGAGGAAGCUUUCAAUAUUCUUACAAGAUAUGGAGUUCCGGCUGAAAGAGAACAUUUGGAACUAGUCGAUGGUCUCAGAGAUACUUGGCAGAGACUGCAAUCACGUGCUUUGGAUACACAUGUUAAACUUUUAGAAGCACAACCCAAAUUUGAAGCUGAUUUAGCGUCUAACUUAGAAGUAUUUAGAUCCGACAAUGCAAUGUAUGUGCAUGAGUAUAGAAAUGCUGGACCCAUGCAACCAGGAUUGAGCCCACGUGAAGCAUCAGACAGGCUUUUGCUAUUCCAGAAUCGGUUUGAUGGAAUGUGGCGUAAAUUGCAAACAUAUCAAAGUGGGGAAGAACUAUUUGGUUUACCUACAACAGAUUAUCCUGAAUUGGCUCAGAUAAGAAAGGAAUUGAAUUUGCUUCAAAAAUUGUAUAAAUUGUACAACGAUGUUAUUGAUCGUGUGAGUAGUUACUAUGAUAUCCCUUGGGGAGAAGUGGAUAUUGAGGAAAUCAACAACGAGCUGAUGGAGUUCCAAAACAGAUGCCGAAAGUUGCCAAAAGCUUUGAAAGAAUGGCCUGCAUUCUUUGCACUUAAGAAAACAAUUGAUGACUUCAAUGAUAUGUGCCCAUUACUAGAAUUAAUGGCUAAUAAAGCAAUGAAACCGAGACAUUGGCAAAGAUUGGAAGUUACAAAAUAUAACUUUGAACUAGAAAGUGAGGGAUUCUGUUUGAAAAAUAUUUUAGAAGCACCUUUAUUAAAAUACAAGGAAGAUAUAGAGGACAUCUGUAUAUCAGCCAUGAAAGAGAAAGAUAUUGAAGCAAAACUGCGUCAAGUAACAGGCGAAUGGUCUGUACAUGAAUUAACCUUCAUGACAUUUAAUAAUCGUGGCGAAUUAUUAUUGCGAGGAGACACAACUGCUGAAACCAUAGGACAACUAGAGGACAGUUUGAUGAUCUUAGGAUCAUUGUUGUCUAAUAGGUAUAAUGCGCCAUUUAGAAAGCAGAUACAACAAUGGGUACACGAUCUUGGAGGAACAAAUGAAAUUUUAGAACGCUGGCUUUUGGUUCAAAACAGCUGGGUUUAUUUGGAGGCUGUAUUUGUUGGGGGCGAUAUCGCUAAACAGCUACCCAAAGAAGCUAAGAGAUUCUCAAAAAUCGAUAAAUCCUGGCAAAAAAUUAUGCAACGGGCUCAUGAAACCCCAGGCGUAGUUUCAUGUUGUGUGGGUGAUGAUUUGCUGAAGCAACUUUUGCCUCAUUUACAAGAACAACUCGAGUUAUGUCAGAAAUCUUUGAGUGGCUACCUAGAAAAGAAAAGAACAAUGUUCCCGAGAUUCUUUUUUGUAUCUGAUCCAGCGCUGCUUGAAGUAUUAGGUCAAGCAUCUGAUUCGCACACUAUUCAAAAUCAUUUGCUGUCGAUAUUCGAUAACACGAGAUAUGUAAAAUUUCAUGAUGUUGAAUACAAUAAAAUGACUGCAAUCAUAUCAUCAGAGGGUGAAACUAUACAACUGGAACGAGCAGUACGAGCAGAAGGUUCUGUCGAAACAUGGCUUACUUCUCUUUUGCAAACUUCCCAAUCCAGUUUGCAUGGAAUUAUAAGAAAUGCUUCCGGGAUGCUCAAUGAUCCGAACAUAAAUUUAUUGGCGUUUCUAGAUAAAAUGCCAGCUCAAUGUCGUAUGAACGUGCGAUCAGCAAAUGAUUUCGAAUGGCUCAAACAAUGUCGCUUUUACUUCAAAGAUGAUCUUGAUAAAACUUGGAUUGCUAUCACAGAUGUCACGUUCUCUUAUCAAAAUGAAUAUUUGGGGUGCACAGACAGACUGGUAAUCACACCUCUUACAGACAGAUGUUAUAUAACCCUGGCGCAGGCACUAUCAAUGAGUAUGGGAGGUGCUCCUUGUGGUCCUGCAGGUACUGGCAAAACCGAAACUGUUAAAGACAUGGGUAAAACUCUUGCAAAAUAUGUUGUUGUCUUCAAUUGCUCGGAUCAGAUGGAUUACAGAGGUUUGGGACGUAUAUACAAAGGAUUAGCUCAGUCCGGAUCAUGGGGUUGCUUUGAUGAAUUCAACAGAAUAGAACUUCCUGUACUGUCUGUUGCUGCGCAACAAGUUGCGGUUGUAUUGGCUGCUAAAAAAGAAAAGAAGAAAAACUUCAUAUUCACAGAUGGUGAUACUAUAGACAUGUGCCCAGAAUUUGGAAUAUUCAUUACAAUGAAUCCCGGUUAUGCUGGUAGAAAAGAAUUACCAGAGAACUUGAAAAUACAGUUUCGAACGGUUGCGAUGAUGGUGCCAGACAGACAGAUUAUUAUUCGCGUGAAACUAGCAAGUUGUGGUUUCCUAGAAAAUAUAACUUUAGCAAGGAAGUUUUAUACGCUGUACAAACUUUGCGAAGAACAACUCACCAAACAGGUACAUUACGAUUUCGGUCUACGUAAUAUUCUUUCCGUCUUGCGAACUUUGGGUGCUGCAAAACGUGUCAACAAUCGCGAUUCCGAAAGCAUGAUUGUGAUGAGAGUUCUAAGAGAUAUGAAUUUAUCAAAACUAAUUGACGAAGAUGAGCCUUUGUUCAUAUCUUUAGUCUCUGAUCUUUUCCCUAAUCAAGCAUUAGAAAAAACUUCUUAUCCCGAAUUGGAAGCCGCUAUUCAGCAACAAGUCGAUGAAGCUAAACUGGUAUACCAUCCACCCUGGGUACUAAAAUUGAUACAGUUAUAUGAAACUCAACGUGUGCGUCAUGGUAUAAUGACAUUAGGACCAUCUGGUGCAGGAAAAACAUGCUGUAUUCAAAUGCUGAUGCGAGCCUUGUCUCAAUGCGAAGACGUUCAUCGUGAAAUGCGUAUGAAUCCUAAAGCAAUAACAGCUGCUCAGAUGUUUGGUAGAUUGGAUGUGGCCACUAAUGAUUGGACGGAUGGAAUAUUCUCUGCCUUAUGGCGAAAAACUUUAAAGGCACCCAGUGACGAAAGAAUUUGGUUGGUUUUGGAUGGUCCAGUUGAUAGCAUAUGGAUAGAAAAUUUAAACUCCGUCUUAGAUGACAAUAAAACCCUUACUCUUGCGAAUGGCGAUCGUUUAACAAUGUCGCCGACAUGCAAAAUCAUUUUUGAACCUCAUAAUAUCGACAACGCAUCACCAGCUACCGUGAGUAGAAAUGGAAUGGUUUACAUGAGUUCUUCAGGAUUGGACUGGAGACCCAUUGUAUCAUCGUGGUUGAAGUUCCGUACUGCACAAGAAACGACCGUUUUCCAAGAAUUAUUUGAAUGUUCCUUUCAAACAGUGUAUUCAUGGUGUACGCAAACUCUUAAAGCAGUUAUGCAACUUUUACAAUGUAAUGUGGUUAAACAAAUGUUGGAUUUGUUACAAGGACUUGUUCCUCAACAAGUACAAGAAGAAACUAGCGCCGCUAAGAGUGUGUCUGGUGAUUUAGAUCAAGAUGACGAACUAACAGAUGGAGACAAAGCUGUGCAAAUUCAAGCUCCUAUUUUAUCUGUAGAACACCUAAAUAAAAUUUAUGUUUUUGCACUGACAUGGGGUAUAGGAGCACCUUUAGAAAAUAAUGAUAGACGAAAACUAGAUCUUUAUUUAAGAGAAAAUUUUGCUGAUAAUCUAGAUCUACCACAACCAACAAAAAAAGAACCAAAAGCGACUAUUUUUGAUUUCGUGGUAAGUUCUAAUGGCACGUGGGAACCUUGGACAAGUUUGGUAACUAAUUAUGUGUAUCCUGAUAUCAGCACACCAGAUUUCUUAAGUAUCAUGGUACCUAUUCCAGAUAACGUACGUAUAGACUAUUUGAUUGAUACUAUUGUGAAACAAGAAAAAGCUGUGUUGCUUAUCGGUGAGCAAGGUUCGGCUAAAACAGUGAUGAUGAAAGCUUAUAUGAAAAAAGCCAAUCCAGAUCAGUAUCUUGGCCGUUCUUUUAACUUUUCUUCUGCAACAAGUCCAUAUCAGUUUCAAAAAACAAUUGAAAGUUAUGUAGAUAAGCGCAGUGGUAGCACUUUUGGGCCGGCAGGCGGUAAAAAAAUGAUUGUUUUUGUGGAUGACAUCAAUUUGCCGCAAAUCAACGAAUGGGGAGAUCAAAUUACUAAUGAAAUAGUAAGGCAAGUUAUGGAUAUGAAAGGCUUUUAUAGCCUUGAAAAACCUGGAGAAUUUACAACUAUUGUAGAUGUAUUGUUUGUCGCAGCUAUGGGACAACCAGGCGGAGGACGAAAUGAUAUACCGUCAAGAUUAAAGAGACAAUUUUCUGUGUUUAAUUGUACUAUACCUGAUGACGCAGCUAUUGAUAAAAUAUUCCGUGUCAUGGGCGAAGGGCAUUACAACAGCAAACGUGGUUUUCCUCUAGAAGUUAGAAACCUUGUGAAGAAAAUAAUUCCUCUGACCAGAGUUUUAUGGCAAAGAACGCGUGCCAAGCUAUUACCAACUCCAGCUAAAUUUCAUUAUGUAUUUUCGUUACGAGAUCUUUCAAGAAUUUGGCAAGGACUUGUGGGUACAUUAUCAACAGUUGUCGAUAGCGAAUCAGUUCUUCUGUAUUGUGGAAACAUGAAUGCAGCAGAAGAAACUGCUAAAAUAUACAUUUGGAACAUAGAAGAACAAAGACGUGAUUGA